ACGCCAUCAGCUCAGCGAACCCUCGAGUCAUCGACGACAGCCGAGCCCGAAAACUGUCCAACGACCUCAAACGCUGCACCUACUACGAGACCUGCGCCACCUACGGGCUCAACGUGGAGAGGGUCUUCCAGGACGUGGCUCAGAAGAUCGUGGCCACCAGGAAGAAGCAGCAGUUGUCCAUCGGGCCGUGCAAGUCUCUCCCCAACUCACCCAGUCACACGUCUGUCUGUGCUACACAAGUGUCUGCCGUCCAUAUCAGCCAGACGAGUAACGGCGGCGGCAGUCUGAGCGACUACUCGUCCUCGGUGCCGUCCACGCCAAGCACCAGCCAGAAGGAGCUCCGCAUCGACGUGCCGCAGACCACCAACACGCCCACACCCGUCAGAAAGCAGUCCAAACGCCGCUCCAACCUCUUCACCUCGAGGAAGGCCAGCGAGCCCGACAAGGACAAGAAAGGUCUGGAGGCUCGAGCUGACAGCAUCGGCAGCGGGAGAGCUAUCCCCAUCAAACAG